ACACUGACCACACCCAAUAAAAGUCGGACUUUUGACUUUUCUCCCCCAUCGGAGUUCCAUGUAAUGUGUACUCACACGCUCUUCUUGAUCGCGUGGUUUAAUCUAACACAAGGAUGAGGAUCCAAUGCGUCAAGUCAAAAUUGCAAUUCAUUACCAACAAAAACCUAAAAGCUGUUCAAUCAAAAACCCUAAUUAAUUUUUAUUACUAAUUUAUUUUCACACUCGUUCGGACACUAAAUCCACCCUGAUCCUCUCCUUUGUUAGAUUAAGAUCUUUGCUUGUUCGGAGUCUUUUGUUUAUCUCUCUAAAUCUGAAAAAAUUUGGGGCAAUGGAGCUGGGUAUUUUCAGUUCAGAUAUUGUUACCGUGGAGAGGAAGAUGGUGUGCUAUGUGGUGCUUGGCUUCUUAUGGUGCCAGGAGCUCUUUUUGAAGGAUAUCAAUGUUUUGCCAAAAUUGAUUGAGAAUGAUGAAAGGUUUCCUGUGGACGAGCUUCAUAAAUUGAGAAAGCCUGAUCCAGAAAAUAAAGAUGGUAUUGAUACAGAGAAUGAUGAUGAAGAAGAUGCUGACAACGCUGAUGAUCAGGACAAUGAUGAUGUUGAUGAUGAUGAUGAUGGUUAUAGUGGCUUUAAUUCUAUAAAAUAUGACUUCUACUGUGAGAUUGGUGGAUUUCAACUUUUCUAUUGGGCCCAGCCUCCGCUAUCGCCUCAGGUGACAAGCAGGACACUCUUCUUAGGAUCUUGUGAGGUUAUUUGCCUUGAACUUGAAUCAAAUCAUUGCAUAUUGAGGGCCUCACAUUUGAAAGUUUGCCUAGGGCCUCUCAAAAUAUUUGGAAUCUUAGGGCCGGCCCUGACCAAAGGGGAUAAGUUAUAGCCUAGGGAACUGACUGAGGGCACAUAUAUUUUUCCUGCCAACAUUGUAUGCCACCAGGGCAAGGUUCUUAGAGGUAUACAAGGAUGUUACUGCAAAAUUGUCAUUUACUCAGAUGUUGAUCCUAGAGCAACUGUACCUAAAUGUGUGUGUGUGUCAUGAUGUGCUUUCGAGUCUGCAGUUUUUAAGAUGACUGAAUGUUUGUAGCUUUUUGGAAGUCAUUCAAGGCAGUUCAUCAAAUUUGAUUACAAGAACUACAGGUGAGGAUAAAAGUACAGUCACACAUUGGAGUCUAGAAGGAAAUUUACGGAUAGCAUUUUAUUUUGUUUCUAUAUAUAUAUAUAUAUAUAUCUGAAAAUUGAAACAGCAUGUACUGAAAAUUCAGAUCAUUGGAACAAUAUAAAUUAUAAGUCAUAUACAAGAUUGCUGAAAAAACAUCUGGGUCAGAUAGAGAAUGCAAAUAUAUUAAUUCAAACUUAAAGUUGAAAUUGAGGAACAUAAAAGUAAAAUAAGUAUUUGAGUUACAUGUUGCUGCAGUUGGACAGCUUAUGGAAGCUGUCAAUAACAAAAUAGCAGCAAGAGUUUAUAUAGACUUCAAUGAAGUUGAACCAUACCCAUCGCCAAUAAGGAUUUAUAUACAGAAGUAGUAACAAAACUAGUGCAAUUCCCAAUAACACUGUUAUAUAAGAUGCUGAAAAACUCGCAUAAAAUGCACCCUCGUCCAUGAAACCACCAUCAUUCUCAGAAAUAUUUUGCAUUUGUGAAGUUGAUCCAGUGUUGCUGCAACUGUUAGGUAAUGGAGGUCCACAAAGAUAUAAAUUUCCCUCAUAGAUUGAAGGUCACAAACUGAGCUUUCAUGUCUGGUAUUUUACGGUUUUUACCCGAUAAGUUGUUGUGUGCCACAUUGAAAUCCACUAGAAAGGUCAAGUCAGUUAAUUGAGAGGGGAUACUCCCGUUCAAGUUGUUAUAGGAAAGAUCUAAACUCUCUAUGUUUCUGAGGUUGGAGAAUGUUGUUGGGACUGAUCCUAUCAGAUUGUUAUGGGACAAGUUUAGUGUAUGAAUCUCGGUUAAAUUCCCAAGUUCCAAUGGGAUUUCACCUGUCAAUUGGUUGCAAGAGAAAUCAAUUCCAGACAUAAAUUAAAGCACAGUGCCCUCAUAUGAAUAGGACCUAGACUUUGUUGUGAAU